GGUAGAGGAUUCCCGCUCAUUUGCAGUGGCUGAAAGAAGGGUCGGAUUCCAGCAGAACAGUCCCUGCCGGACUCCAGGAGCGGAGCCCUAGGCGCUUCGCUCAGCGCUCUUGAAUUGCGCUUUGGCCCCGCCCCUUAGCGCUACGCCUUAAGGGCUCAAGGCCGGGCGUACCUAGGGCCACGGUCAUGGAGGGCGCUUUCUCAGCCAACUGGAGCGCCGAGGCGGUCAACGGGAGCGCCGCGCCUCCUGGGGCCGAAGGCAACUGCACUGCCGGACCGCCGCGGCGCAACGAGGCACUGGCACGCGUGGAGGUGGCAGUGCUGUGCCUCAUUCUCUUCCUGGCAUUGAGCGGCAACGCGUGCGUGCUGCUGGCACUGCGCACCACGCGCCACAAGCACUCACGCCUCUUUUUCUUCAUGAAACACCUGAGUAUUGCUGACUUGGUGGUAGCUGUGUUCCAGGUGCUGCCGCAGCUACUGUGGGAUAUCACCUUCCGUUUCUAUGGGCCCGACCUGUUGUGCCGUCUAGUCAAGUACCUGCAGGUGGUGGGGAUGUUCGCCUCCACCUACCUGCUGCUGCUCAUGUCGCUUGACCGCUGCCUGGCCAUCUGUCAGCCGCUGCGGUCGCUGCGCCGGCGUACCGACCGCCUGGCGGUGCUCGCCACUUGGCUUGGCUGCCUAGUGGCCAGCGCGCCGCAGGUGCACAUCUUCUCGCUGCGCGAGGUGGCUGAAGGCGUCUUUGAUUGCUGGGCGGUCUUCAUCCAGCCCUGGGGACCCAAGGCCUACGUCACGUGGAUCACACUCGCUGUCUACAUCGUGCCAGUCAUCGUACUCGCUGCUUGCUACGGCCUCAUCAGCUUCAAGAUCUGGCAGAACUUGAGGCUCAAGACGGCUGCAGCAGCUGCAGCUCAGGCUCAGGGACCCGAGGGUUCAGCAGCGGGUAGUGAGGGUCGCGCGGCCCUGGCACGAGUCAGCAGUGUCAAGCUCAUCUCCAAAGCCAAGAUCCGCACGGUCAAGAUGACCUUCAUCAUCGUGCUGGCCUUCAUCGUAUGCUGGACACCAUUCUUCUUCGUGCAGAUGUGGAGCGUCUGGGAUACUAAUGCACCCAAGGAAGCCUCGGCCUUCAUCAUCGCCAUGCUCCUGGCCAGCCUCAACAGCUGCUGCAACCCCUGGAUCUACAUGCUCUUCACGGGCCAUCUCUUCCAUGAACUGGUACAGCGCUUCCUCUGCUGCUCCUCCAGCCAUCUGAAGGGUAGCCGCCCAGGAGAGACUAGCGUCAGCAAAAAGAGCAACUCCUCCACAUUUGUCUUGAGCCGACGCAGCUCCAGCCAGAGGAGCUGCUCCCAGCCAUCAACAGCGUGA